AUGGCUAGUGGCGCUGGCAGCGAUAGUAGCGACGAAGAAGGUCAAGCUUUUUACGUUGGAGGCAGCGAGCACUCUGGUCAGCAAGUCGUGGGCCCGAAUCGCAACAAACCCGGCAAAAUUAUCCAGCAUAUGUUCGAAUCCGCUAGAGCCCAUGGAGCGGAACCGGUUGCAGGCGGAAGUGGCUCCGAAGCACAGCCGACUCAAAGGUUCCGAGGCACUGGCUACAAAUUAGGAGAAACUGGAGAUGAUACAGAAGUGAUUGCAGACCCCUCCGGAGGAGCUGCUGGAGGAUCCAAAACCGUUGACAUUGUUUUAAAAUUGUGGAAAAAUGGAUUCUCAGUUUCAGGCGAAGGCAUAGACGAAGAAUUGAGAUCGUAUAGUGACCCUAACAGCGCAAAGGCGUUGAACAUGAUUGCUAAAGGUCAAGUUCCUGAUGAGUUUGUAGCUCUUGCAAAUGGAGGCAAGGUUAACAUGGAUAUGGAGGAUCACAGGGAGCAGGAUUUUGAACCGCCUAAGAAGAAGUUGAAGGCGUUUUCAGGAGCCGGUCAGACGUUGGGAACCCCGACGCCCGCGGUGCUCAAUUCUGCAGAAGCGAACAAGCCUGCAAGUUAUACUUCAUCGGCAGUGACCACUACGCCGACGGUUCCUUUGGACGAAACGAAACCGAUGACAAAUGUUCAAAUACGAUUGGCCGAUGGUUCUAGAAAAGUGCAGAAGUUUAACCACACCCACACUGUUGGCGAUUUAAGGCAAUUUGUAGCUCAAAUUCCAGGCUAUGAGGCAGUGACUUUUGUGCUUCAGACAAAUUUUCCAGUUAAAAAUUUAGAUGAUGAUUCGCUUACUUUGAAAGACGCUCAGUUAUUGAACGCUACUAUCAUACAACGCCUUGUUUGAAACCGUUGUGGAAUUGAGUUGAAAUUAGCCGAUUUUUUAGUUGGAUCUGGCCAGACAGGUUAAGUAGAUUUAGACAGGGUGACUCUAAUUUAAAAGCCAUUUGAAUUUUUUUUUCGGCUAGUUUCAUGUGAGCUGAGUUUGAAUAGCUAAAAAUAUGUGUAAAUUUUCAGUAAUUUUUGUUGAUAUUAUCCCGAUGUAAUUUAAUCAUUAAAAAGCUUUGAAUUAAAGUGGUACACAUUU